AUGAAUAGCAGGUCUGUUCCAGCAGCUGCGCGUCCCGGUCCAGCAAAGAGUCUCUGGGAGCGCUGAGUGCCCCGCUUCGUGUGCAGUCUGCAAAGGAAGAGACUUGAGGGCAAAAGGAUGGCCUCGGAAGGGGAGAGCAUCAAUCUUCAAGGUCUGAAUCCUCACCUCCGGAUCAACGGGCCGAUGAACAUCAACCACUACGCAACGAAGAAGAGCGUGGCAGAGAGCAUGCUGGACGUGGCACUGUUCAUGGCGAAUGUCACACAGCUCAAAGCAGUGCUGGAGCAGGGGGCUUCCUUCCAGUACUAUGUCACCCUCAUCGUGCUCAUCAGCAUCUCCCUCUUCUUCCAGGUGAUAAUCGGGAUUCUCCUCAUCAUCACUGCCCGUUUGAACCUGAAUGAUGUUGCAAAGCAACCGCGCCUGAAUAUACUCAACAAUGCUGCCACAGCUCUGAUCUUCAUCACGGUCAUCCUCAACAUCUUCAUCACAGCCUUUGGGGUGCAGAAGACUGGCCUCUACCCUACCAGGAAUUUUCGCCCUUAUUAA